CUCCGGACCUCCUCACUGUUUCUCUCGUGCCCGUCUCCUGUCGGAUGGAAGUCCGUGGCAAACAGCAGGCAGGAUGACCAAUCAGCAGAUAGUCAGCCCGGCCAGCAGGGGGCAGUGUGAAAGAGGAGAGGAGCCCCUGCCCAAGUCCAGCCUGGUGCAGUACUGUGGAUGGAUCACUCGCAAUCUGCUGCUAGCACUCACUGUGCUUGGUGUGGUUUUAGGAUCAGUGUUUGGGAUGUUGUUGCGAUAUGUCCCUGAAUUAGACACCAACUCACUGAUGAUUAUAUCUUUCCCUGGAGAUAUUUUAAUGAGGAUGCUGAAGAUGCUCAUCUUGCCCCUCAUCAUCUCCAGCCUUAUCACAGGCCUGGCCGGCCUGGAUGCGCGCUCCAGUGGGCGAAUGGGAACCAGGGCCAUGGUCUACUACAUGUCCACCACCAUCAUCGCCGCCGUGCUGGGGGUCAUUCUGGUCAUAGGCAUCCACCCAGGGAACCCCAAACUGAGGGGGGGUCACGUCAGCUACGUCUCCAAGAACCAGGAGGUCAGCAGCCUGGACGCCUUCAUGGACCUGAUCCGGAACCUGUUCCCCGAAAACCUGGUGCAGGCCUGCUUCCAGCAGGUCCAGACUGUUGCAAAGAAGGUGUCCGUUGCUGUCGAGAACCAGACAGAACCGGUUGUGGUCACUAAGAAGAAACUGGAAUUCAAGGGAGGCAUGAAUGUACUGGGCUUGAUCGGCUUCUUCAUCACCUUCGGGAUCUGCAUGGGGAAGAUGAGGGAGAAGGCCCGGCUCAUGUGCGAGUUCUUCAACAUCCUCAACGAGAUCAUCAUGAGGAUGGUCACCAUGAUCAUGUGGUACUCCCCCCUGGGCAUCGCCUCGCUGAUCUGCGGGAAGAUAGCCGCCAUCGGGGACCUGGAGGUGGUGGCCCAGCAGCUGGGCCUGUACAUGGUCACCGUCAUGGUGGGGCUGAUGAUCCACGGAGGCAUCAUCCUGCCCCUCAUCUUCUUCUGCGUCACCCGCAAGAACCCCUUCACCUUCUACUCCGGAAUCUUCCAGGCCUGGAUCACGGCGCUGGGCACAGCCAGCAGCGCGGGAACGCUCCCCGUCACGUUCCGCUGCCUGGAGGAGAACCUGAAGAUCGACAAGCGGGUGACGCGCUUCGUCCUGCCCAUCGGCGCCACCAUCAACAUGGACGGCACGGCGCUCUACGAGGCGGUGGCCGCCAUCUUCAUCGCCCAGAUGAACGCCAUCCACCUCGAUGGCGGCCAGAUCGUCACCGUGAGCAUGACGGCCACCCUGGCCAGCGUGGGCGCGGCCAGCAUCCCCAGCGCGGGCCUGGUGACCAUGCUGCUCAUCCUCACGGCCGUGGGGCUCCCCACCCAGGACAUCAGCCUCCUCAUCGCCGUCGACUGGCUGCUGGACAGGAUGCGGACCUCCAUCAACGUGGUGGGCGACUCCUUCGGCGCCGGGAUCGUGGACUUCCUGUCGAGGGCGGAGCUGGCCGAGUUCGACGGGGAGGCCCCGCCGCCCCCCGAGGCGCCGUUCCCGCCGCCCAUCCUCACCGAGAUGGACCUGGUGGACCCCCUCAAGCCCCCCCAGCUGCCCCCCCGGUCCCCGAGGCCCCUCUCGCUCAACCACCACUCCCUCUCCCACUCGCACUCCCUCUCUCACUCUCCCAGGUCCGUCCGCUCUCACUCCUCCCGGUCCCUCUGCUCCCCCUCGCCCCGCCCCCUCCGCUCCCCCUCGCCCCGCCCCAACCGCUCGCCCUCGCCCCGCCCCCUCCGGGCCCACUCGCCCCGCCUCAUGCACCGGACCGAGCCCGGGUACUGCGCCCUGCCCACCCAUGACAACCAGGUCCCCACCCCGCACUCGUUCCGAAAGAGAGGGCGCGAUCACCUGAGGGCGCAGGACAGCUACCGCGGCAGCGAGACGGAGGAGGAGGAGGAGAAAGAGCGAAUGGCGGACGAGGGGAGCGAGGGAGAGGAGAGCGACGACACGGCCUACGACCGGAGACACGCCAUCCCGCCCGGCGACCUGCCCUGAGGGCGUGCGCUUCUGCCCCCGCCGUCGCCACGGUUACCCCCGGGCC